UGCGCUGCCGGAACUGUUCAUUAAGUCUACAGGAAGUAGAAGUUGUUUUUUUUUCGGUACCGUCCACGUGAAGACUUUGAGGUUUGCAUUCUGUAAAGUUGUACGUCCUCAGCAGUGGAAGACUUCUGGAAAUAUGGGCAAAAAGGGCAAAAAGGAGAAAAAAGUGAAAGGCGCUGAAAAAACGGCAGCAAAGAUGGAGAAAAAAGUCUCAAAGCGGUCAAAGCAAGAGGAGGAGGACCUUGAAUCACUUAUAGCUGAAUUCCAGCUGUUAGAUGCUAAGAAGACUCAAAUUGUAGAAACAGCCUGUCCUCCUCCAUCUCCAAGGCUGAAUGCCUCCCUCAGUCCUCAUCCUGAGAAAGAGGAAUUAAUUCUUUUUGGAGGUGAAUAUUUCAAUGGACGAAAAACAUUCCUGUACAAUGAAAUGUUCUUUUACAAUAUAAAGAAGAACUCUUGGACAAAAGUGGAUAUUCCCAACCCUCCACCUCCUCGGUGUGCCCAUCAGGCUGUUGCUGUUCCACAUUCUGGUGGACAACUCUGGAUUUUUGGAGGAGAAUUUGCUUCUGUAGAUGGUGAACAGUUUUACCACUACAAAGACCUUUGGGUCCUGAAUCUGCAAACAAGAACAUGGGAGCAGGUCAAGGCAUCUGGAUCACCUUCAGGCAGGAGUGGACAUCGAAUGGUAUAUUGCAAAAGACAAUUAUUUGUCUUUGGGGGCUUUCAUGAAAGCACAAGGGAUUAUGUUUAUUUCAAUGAUGUAUACACCUUUAAUCUUGAAAAUUUUACCUGGUCCAAGCUGUCUCCAUCUGGUAAUGGACCUUCUUCACGAUCUGGUUGCCAGAUGGCUACAACACCUGAAGGAGGCAUUGUCAUUUAUGGUGGAUACUCCAAAUUAAGAGCAAAAAAGGAUGUAGACAAGGGCACCAUACAUACAGAUAUGUUCCUGCUGAAAAAUGAAGGCAAUGAAGGCCAAGAAAAAUGGACAUGGAGUCGAUUGAAUCCUUCUGGAGUUAAGCCAACACCCAGAUCUGGAUUCUCACUUGCUGUUGGUCCUAACAACCGAGUGGUGUUGUUUGGAGGAGUAUAUGAUGAGGAGCAAGAUGAAACACUGGAGGGAGAAUUUUUUAACGAUUUGUAUUUUUAUGACAUGGUGAAAAACCGCUGGUUUUCUGGGCAACUCAAGGGGCCAAAAUCACACAAAAAAAAGCGCAGAAGGGGAAAGAAGCAGGAGACUGACACAGCUGUUGGAUUUUCCGGUGUAGAGGAGGAUGUGCCUCCAAAACCUGAAGAAAUUGUGAAAGAAAUAGUGGCAGAAGAUGGGACAGUUAUGACUAUCAAACAAUUAAUACCAAUAUCCACUUGUCAGGAAGAACAAUCAGAUUCUGAAAGUGAAGAAGAUGAAGAGGACUGUAAUUCUGAAAAAAAUGUGUUGGAGCCAUGUUCCCGUUCAAAUGCUAUGACUACUGUUAAGCAUGGCAUCCUUUAUGUUUACGGGGGCAUGUUUGAAGUGGGGGAUCGUCAGUUUACGCUAAAUGACUUUUAUGCUAUUGACUUAAACAAAAUGGAUGAGUGGAAAUUACUUGUUGAAAUGGAUCCAAAGACCCAAGAAUGGCUAGAAGAAUCUGAGUCGGAAGAAGACAGCAACCUUGAAGGAGCAACAGGAGGUAAUGAAGAAGAAGAUGAAGAAGACUCAGAUGAAGAUAGCGAUGACAAUGAUGAGGAUCACCCUCCAGUGGAAAGUGGAGAACAAUAUUCUGAUUAUCUGAACAGGACAGAGCAAUAUUGGAUUAAGUUAGCUCAAGUAAAAAUGGGCCCUGAUGCCAAAGAAAAAAAAAUACUGAAGGUGGCACAUGCUAUGACAAAGAUGUUCUAUGAUGGAGUCUGAAUUUGUAUUUCAUAGAAUCUUCAUUGGCACUAACAUUCUGUCAAGUGAGAAGUCGGCAGCUACUUUGUGGCUGGUACUGCCUGUUUCUUUUUAUAUUUAUCAAUGCUGUUUGUUAAAGGUGUUGCUAUUGUAUUAAAAUCUAAGUCAGAUAAUUUUCAAGCACUGUUACGUAAUAAAAUUAAACCUAUCUACAGAUUUCAUACAGAAUAAAUGGCAGUAUGAAUUCAGUACCUGCACAGUGUUUCAAAUAUUUCUGUCGUUUUUAAAACUGUUUAUAAUAUCUGGACUUGAGUUUUAUAUAUUGAACAACACAUACAGGUGUUUAUGUUUAUUCUUUUCAUUUUAUUUUUAGUGAUCACAAUGUUUUAAAGGUCUGCAGAAAAUUAGAAAAUGAAUAGUAUUGCUUUCAUUAUCCAAAGAAUCACUACAUGCUUAAUAAAUGAAUUGGUAAUUAAAGCACCUUCAUGAAAGCUGUGGAUAGCAAAAGGAUUCAUUUGAACUUUCUUCAAGUUACUGAAUAAUUCUUCCCUUUAUAUUAUCUUUUAAGUAGUUUCAAGAAUGUCAUAUAUGAAAAAGAACUUGCCAGAAUUGAAAGGGAGGGAUUCCAUGCUUUCAUGUUGUUCUCGCUCUGCUGCAUCGUAUACCUCAGAAAUCUACUAGAAAGUGAACAAAACAUUUUCUUCUCAAUGUUAUUUGCUUGAUAGAAAUUGAUGAGUUCUGUUUGUGCAUAUCAAAGUUCAGGUUUUAUCCUUGUAGGUGUUUACCUGUUUGUACGACCUGUAUAUUUUUUUUCUUUUCUACUUAACCACCUUCCCUCCAGCCUCACGUCUAUUAGCCAUCAAUGAAACAGGACAAUUAAUCUGACUCCAAAUGAUUGCUUUUAGUCUUCAAGACUAAGAUUGUCUUUAUGUGAUGAAUUAGUUACAAGUUUGUGUAAUAUAUCAGUUUGGUUGACUUACUGUCUUUUGCAAAGUUUUAGGUUGUACACCUCUUAAAAAUACAACUGUUGAAUAUGUAAAAUCAGAGUUGAAUUGAUAUAUAAUUAGUAUGUGUUUUAAAAUAAAACCUCAAAGUCUA